UAACGGGCAGGAUCGGGAGCGGGAGGGUCCGGGCAGUUUUAGUAGUGUCUUUGGGACAACGGCUGCGGUUGGUAUUUCUCAAGUGGCAACGAGGCCAGCCCCUGGGAAUGCAGCGCGAGAAUGAUAGAGUCAGGCUGUCCCCUCAAGAAAUAGUUUAGUGAGGAGACAUGCAGCGGAUAGGCGCAGGAUUCUUCAAAGUUGUGAUUGGGCCCAAAAAGGAGCUAGUUCUCAGACUAAAAAGAGCCGUAGUGCCGGGGUUCUGGGCGCUGUAGUAAAUGGACUCCAAAUGGAGUUGAAGGGAGGGAGGAGUGCGUCAGGCGGAGAUGAAAGGAGAGAGGGAACUACCUGUCCGAUAGGGCAGAAUCGGGGAGAAAGGUUGGUGACUUGAGCUUAGAGAAGGCCAUUGCGGCGGUAGCAGAAGAGGAGAGGCAGGGACCAGAUCGUAGAGUGUGGAACACCGUGACACAAAGUUGGGGCUUUAUCAUAAGAGCAGCAGAAUGACAAGAUCUGAUGUACAUUUUGAAAGGAUCACUGUAACUGCUGGUGAGGACUGGAUUAUAGGAGGGCAGGAAUUGUGAGAAACCACUCAGGAGGCUACUGCUGUAGAUGAGCGAUGUGACCUAGCGUAUGGGAGAGAAGUGGACGAAUCAAAAGUAUAUUUAGCAGUAGAAUCCUGCUUAUCUGUGAAAUGCAGUUAACACAUCAGCUGGACCUAUUUCCCGAAUGCAGGGUAACCCUUCUGUUAUUUAAAGAUGUAAAAAAUGCGGGAGACUUGAGAAGAAAGGCCAUGGAAGGCACCAUCGAUGGAUCACUGAUAAAUCCUACAGUGUUUCACUCUUGUUGCCCAGGCUGGAGUGCAAUGGCGCGAUCUUGGCUCACGGCAACCUCCGCCUCCCGGGUUCAAGCAAUUCUCCUGCCUCAGCCUCCUGAGUUGCUGGGAUUACAGAUUGUUGAUCCAUUUCAGAUACUUGUGGCAGCAAACAAAGCAGUUCACCUCUACAAACUGGGAAAAAUGAAGACAAGAACUCUAUCUACUGAAAUUAUUUUCAACCUUUCCCCAAAUAACAAUAUUUCAGAGGCUUUGAAAAAAUUUGGUAUCUCAGCAAAUGACACUUCAAUUCUAAUUGUUUACAUUGAAGAGGGAGAAAAACAAAUAAAUCAAGAAUACCUAAUAUCUCAAGUAGAAGGUCAUCAGGUUUCUCUGAAAAAUCUUCCUGAAAUAAUGAAUAUUACAGAAGUCAAAAAGAUAUAUAAACUCUCUUCACAAGAAGAAAGUAUUGGGACAUUAUUGGAUGGUAUCAUUUGUAGAAUGUCAACAAAAGAUGUUUUGUGAAAUGUCAGAAAUAUUAACAAAAAUUCUCAGCAUUAAAGAAAACAUUGAUUUUC